UAUCGGUAGCCACAUGUGGACGCCAUUUUCACCCGGAUCAUCGGCCACGUCUUAACUUCAUGGCCGAGGUUUCUUGUUUAAAUCUGAUACUGAAUUUUAUUCGUUGAAUUUAACAAUAUCUAAUACAGUGGAUAUUUCUUAAACAUCUAAAAUGCCUCUGAGGUUAGAUAUUAAGAGAAAAUUGACCGCCAGGUCAGACAGAGUAAAAUGCGUAGAUCUUCAUCCAACGGAACCAUGGAUGCUGUGUUCUUUGUAUCAGGGCAAUGUUAACAUAUGGAAUCACGAAAAUCAGACACUUGCAAAGACCUUUGAAGUAUGCGAUUUGCCAGUUCGAGCAGCCAAAUUUGUACCUCGUAAGAAUUGGGUUGUCACUGGAUCCGAUGAUAUGCAGAUUAGAGUAUUUAAUUAUAAUACUUUAGAACGUGUUCAUUCGUUUGAAGCUCAUAGUGAUUACGUCAGAUGUAUAGCGGUACAUCCUACGCAACCAUUUAUUUUAACCAGCAGCGAUGAUAUGUCAAUUAAAUUAUGGAAUUGGGAAAAGUCCUGGAUAAGUCAACAAAUUUUUGAAGGACAUACACAUUACGUUAUGCAAAUUAUUUUUAAUCCUAAAGAUAAUAAUACUUUUGCCAGUGCAUCCUUAGACAGAACGGUAAAAGUAUGGCAAUUAGGAUCGUCGACUGCUAAUUUUACAUUGGAGGGUCAUGAAAAAGGUAUCAACUGCGUGGAUUAUUAUCAUGGCGGAGAUAAGCCUUACCUAAUAUCAGGAGCAGAUGACAAAUAUGUAAAAAUUUGGGAUUAUCAAAAUAAAACUUGUGUUCAGACUUUGGAAGGACAUACUCAAAAUAUCUCCGCAGUCUGUUUCCAUCCAGAAUUACCUAUCGUUCUUACUGGUUCUGAAGAUGGAACGGUUAGAAUAUGGCACGCUGGAACAUAUAGAUUGGAAUCUUCUCUUAAUUAUGGUUUUGAAAGAGUUUGGACUAUUGCUUGUAUGCGAGGCUCGAAUAACGUAGCUAUAGGUUACGACGAAGGAAGCGUCAUGGUAAAAGUUGGUAGAGAAGAACCAGCAGUAUCUAUGGAUUCUUUAGGUGGUAAAAUCGUAUGGGCGAAGCAUAGUGAAAUCCAACAAGUAAAUCUAAAGGCAUUAGGAGAAGAACCUCAGGAUGGAGAACGAUUACCUCUUGCUGUAAAAGAUAUGGGUGCAUGCGAAAUCUAUCCUCAGACUAUUCAGCAUCAUCCAAACGGAAGAUUUUUAGUAGUUUGCGGAGAUGGAGAGUAUAUAAUUUAUACAUCUAUGGCACUGAGAAAUAAAGCUUUCGGACAAGCAUCGGAAUUUGUUUGGGCAGCCGAUUCCAGUCAGUAUGCUGUAAGGGAAAGUACUACGUCUGUAAAGGUGUUCAAAAAUUUCAAGGAGAAGAAAAGUUUUAAGCCAGACUUUGGUGCAGAUAGUAUAUUUGGUGGAUAUUUACUUGGUGUAUCAUCUGGGUCUGGUCUAUCCUUCUUCGAUUGGGACAUGUUAAAAUUAAUCCGACGUAUAGAUAUUCAGCCUACGCAUGUUUAUUGGGCUGAAAAUGCCUCUCUUUUAGCAUUAGCUACCUCAGAUCAGUAUUUUAUUUUAAAGUAUGUCGCUGAUGCUGUCACUAAUGCAUCUGACAAUGCGGAGGAUAUAGAAGAUGCAUUUGAGAUGGUAGCAGAAAUGACAGAAGUAGUAAAAACGGGUCUCUGGGUUGGCGAUUGUUUCAUCUAUACGAAUAGUGUUAAUAGAAUAAACUACUUUGUUGGUGGAGAAGUAGUUACAGUUUUUCAUUUAGAUAGGCCAAUGUAUUUACUUGGUUACGUACCAAGAGACAAUAGAUUGUAUUUAUGUGAUAAGGAACUCUCCGUUGUUUCUUAUUCUUUAUUACUGUCCGUAUUAGAAUAUCAAACAGCUGUUAUGCGAAAAGACUUUGAAACUGCCGACAGAGUAUUGCCAACAGUACCUAAAGAACAUCGUACGAGAGUGGCCCAUUUCUUAGAGAAACAGGGAUUCAAAGAACAAGCUUUGGCUGUAUCGACCGAUCCAGAUCACAGGUUCGAGUUAGCAUUAGCUCUGGGAGAUUUAAAAACGGCACAUUCCCUUGCAAAAGAAGCGAAUAGUCAACAAAAGUGGCGACAGUUGGCAUCUUUGGCAACGCAAAAAGGAAAAUUAUGUUUGGCUCAAGAUUGUCUACAUCAGGCUCAAGACUUUGGUGGUUUACUCCUGUUAGCAACUAGUACUGGAAAUGCAAGCAUGAUUCAAAAACUCGGCACCGAUGCUAAUGACACGGGCAAGAACAAUAUCUCCUUUUUGUCAAACUUCAUACUCGGGGAUAUAGACAAAUGUAUUGAAAUUCUCUUGAAGACUAAUAAAAUCCCUGAGGCUGCCUUCUUUGCUAGAACUUAUGCACCGAGCAAGAUAUCGUCUAUCGUUCAAUUGUGGAAAGAAAAAUUAUCAGCUGUCAGCGAGAAAGCUGGACAGAGCUUAGCUGAUCCCGAGCAAUAUGAAAAUCUAUUUCCCGGAUACAGAGAAGCGUUGAAAGUGGAGCAAUUUUUGCGAGAAAAAAACAAAAAGAAAAUUCCUGCAUCUGCGUUCCCAACGAUACAGCCCAAUAUCGAACGAAAACCUAUAGAAGAAAUGUUGGCAGCCGAAGCAACAGGAAAAUUCAGUUAUAACGUCGCUCCCGCAGAAUCUGAGACAAUACAAUCGAACGAGGCUUUAUUCAACAGACUACAAAAUCUCGAGAUCGUAGAUAAAACGAAUCUGCCAAAGAGUACAGUUUCGGAAAAGGUGAUAAAAAUAAGUAGUUCCAGGCCAUUGACUGUCGACGAUGACGAUCUCGAUCUCGAUCUUGAACUCGACGAUACGAUCGACACUACCGGUGUGAAUUUGGAUGACGAUCUUUUGGAAGAAGAUUAGCCGAUAGAGAAACGAUAAAUGUGUCUGUCGCUCGAAUGAUAAUUUCAUUCCCCUUCUAUCGGUCAUUCCCCGAAGAAUCAACGAGAGUUCUUUAGACAAGUAUUUAAAAAAAAAAAAAAAUCUAAUGAAUUUAUAUUGACAUUGCAUCAAUUUCAAAACUUGAAUAACGCAAUUCUGCGAACGCUCAAUGAUACAUACUUAUAAGUAUAUAAAUAUAUAUAUAUAUAGUAUAUCGAAUUUUAACUGUAUUGUUAAUAUAAGAAAAAGUAUAAGGAAUUGUACAACCCA